CUCACACACUGAAGGCCACCUCCAGUUCUUCCAAAGUUUCCCAUCCCUGACCCCUGUUCCUUGCACCAGAUACUGGAUAGACACCAGCAUUCACUCAUCAUUUAAAGAGACUGCGAGGAGAGCUGUGAAUGAGCUGGAGAAGACACUCUCUAUAAGGAUGAAGAACAUGUGUGCUGCUCUCGAGCUGAAAAAGAUCCAGCAGUAUGCAGUGGAUGUGACUCUGGAUCCUGAUACAGCACAUCCCAAUCUCAUCCUGUCUGAUGACGGUAAACAAGUUAGUCAUGGUGAUGUAAAACAGAAUCUUCCAGACAACCCAGAAAGGUUUUUUCCUAGUACGGCCGUCUUAGGAAAGCAAAGUUUCUCUUCAGGUAAAUUUUACUAUGAGGUUCAAGUUAAAGACAAGACAGAUUGGACUUUAGGAGUGGUCAGAGGGUCGAUUAACAGGAAGAGAAUCAUUGAUCCACGCCCUACAAAUGGCUUUUGGACUAUACGUCUGAGAAAUAGAUAUAUGUAUUCAGCCCAUGAUCGUAUAUAUCCAGAGCCAAAACCUCAAAAGCUGGGGGUGUUUGUGGAUUAUGAAAAGGGUUUGGUUUCUUUUUAUAAUGUAGAUGCUGCAACUCUUAUCUACUCCUUUACUGGCUGUAAAUUCAUGGAAAAUCUCUGCCUGAUCUUUGAUCCUCUUACUAAUGAUGGCAGUAAAGACUCCAUGCCCCUGAUCAUCUCUCCUGUCAAUCAUACUGAUUAGAUGAGACAAGAAGAAUUUAUU